AUGGAUAGAAGAGCUCUGGCACUGAGGGACUACAUACUGAAGAACGCUGUUUGGGAAAAAGAGAACUUUAAUCCUAAAACAUGGUUAAAAUCAAAUCAAUACGUUAAUAAUUUCACCGAAUUCAUACUGCAGAAGGACUUAGGUGAAGAUGGCGGCUAUGAUAAUAAUGAGAUGUUGCUGGAGGCAGAGAAAGAAUUUAUUGAAGCAGCAAAGAGAAACGACGUGGAGGGGAUGAAGCUUCUCGGGAGAGGCAUUAAUGUCAAUGUCAAGAACGUGCACGGGCGAACUGCUCUUCAUUUCGCCGUCGCUUUCAGAAACGUUGAAGCUGUCGACCUGCUCCUUCGAAAGAGAGCCAGACUGGAUUUACAAGAUAAGCAUGGACUAACUGCGAUUCAUUUAGCAGCAUGGUUUGGCAGUUUGGAGAUCUUAAAGUUACUUGUGCAAGGUGGAGCUGACCAAAGCAUUGAAAAUUCAGAAGGAAUGAACAUGAUGCACUGCGCUGCUAUGAACAAUCACACUGAUGUUGUGGAAUACAUUGUUAAUGACCUGCAAAUGGGAGAACUUGACAAAGAGGACAUAUAUGGUAAUAGGCCUUUUGUCCUGGCUGCAGCACACGGAUGUGUGAAGAUGAUGCAGAUGCUGAUGGAGGAGCCUUACAACAUGGCCAUCAUGGAGGAAAAUAAGGUUGGUGACAUGCCUCUACACCUGGCUGCCAAGAACGGUCAACGCGAGGCACUGCAGCUACUACUAGACAAUUUUGACAUUCGCAAUGAGGUCAACCAGGCUGGGCAGACCGCACUGUAUCUGGCCGCACAUGAGGCUCAUGAGGACUGUGUUCAAACCCUGCUCGAAGCCGACUGUGACCCAAACAUCCUUACUUUAAACAAGAGCAGCCUUUUGCAUCCCGUUUGUGAGAGAGGGCACUUUCCAAUUCUAAAACUCCUCAUUGAACGUGGAGCUCAACUAAAUGCUCAGAACCAGCAUUUGGAGACUCCUUUCCAUCUUGCAGUAAAGAACUGUCAUAUUCCGGUAAUCCACACCUUGUUAGAAGCCGGUUGUGAUCCAAAUAUAACAGAUCACAUGGGCCAGACUGCAUUGCACAUUGCUACCGAGAUGGGCAAGGUGGAUGUGGUUGAGAUGCUACUAAAAGCCGGAGUGGAUCUGGAAAUUCAGGACAGGCAAGGUAAAACUUCUCUUGGAGUGGCUGCGAGGGCAAACAUGGUGAUCAUUGUUGAUAUGAUCAUCAAAGCUGAGAGAUAUUUUAAAUGGAAACGGCAAUUGCAAAUGACUAAUACAGAUGCUCUCGAGAGCCUUCACAGUGAAUCACCGUUGACGUUUAAAUUAGAUCACUCCCCUGACACAAAGCAGGUUCGUGGUAUUCUAUGGGACCUUGCAUAUAAACAUCUCAAGCGAAAUGACUGGAAGAAUUUGGCAGUGGUCUGGGAGUUCACAGAGAGCCAAAUGGCCGCCAUAGAGGAGCAGUGGACAGGCCCUAACAGUUUCCAAGAACAUGGAAACAGAAUGUUUCUGAUCUGGCUUCACGGAGUCUUAAUGGGAGGGGACAGUCCGUUCAAAGUCCUGUAUGAGGGACUGCUUUCUGUUGGGAAUACAAAGAUUGCUGAAAAAAUUAGAAUGGAAGGAACAAACACGGACACACGGAAGUGCAGGGUUUCAUGAGACGCUGCACAGAAUAAAAAAAUGAUGAACCCAUGACCAUUCUUUAUUUAAACACAGGAGAUCCAGCUAUGU